GAAGAGAGAGGAAAACUAAAGUAUCAUAUCGUACAACAUCCCAACUCUCUUCCAUUCUCUCUCUUCCUCUGAUUUUUAUUUUAUUUUAUAUUUUAUUUUGUUUCUCUCUCUAGAAUGCCUCUUCUAUAGGAACCCAACCCUCCCCUAGCAGAGAGUUGACGACUGCUUUCACUUCCUCUGUAAAACCCUAAUCAUCGAUCCGCUUUUUCCCUAAUCCCUCUCUCUUCUCUUUCUCUCUCUAGACCACCCUUCCAAUUUUCCCUAUCUCUCUCUCUCUAGAAUCUUCGAUCCCUCUUCUUCAAUCGAUCCACUUCAAUCACUUCAAUCUUUCCUUCUCCCCAAACGUACAACAAAAUAUCCGAGAGCACACCUCUCUCUCUCUCUGUUCGUCUCUUUGCAAUUUCGAUUUUUUUUAUUUUCUCUGUAAAGUUAUUGAUCCGUGGACGGUGUCUUUGUUUGGGGAUUUUGAUUUCUAGGGUUUUUGGCCUUUUUGUUGUGGGGUCAAGUAAAGGCUGGCGGGUAUUCGGGUCAAGUAAAUGGCGGAUCCGCCUGGUAUCCGCCUACGAAUCUUCGGUGUGUUUGAAGAAGCUGGUGUAGCUCGAUUGGGUUUGAUAGGUUUGAAAUACUACUGCGACGAUAGCCUAUUCUUCUUCAUAGAGUGAAUAACGAGAAAAAGCAUGCUUAGCGUGGUACGCGUGCACCUUCCCUCGGAUAUCCCCAUUGUAGGCUGCGAGCUCACGCCCUAUGUUCUUGUUCGCCGACUUGACAAGACGGUCAUUAACGAUGAUGUGCCCGAGUCUGCCCCGAUUGAUGGUCAUUUCUUGAGAUACAAGUGGUAUCGCAUUCAAAGUGAUAAAAAAGUUGCUCUGUGUAGUGUUCACCCAUCUGAGCAAGCCACAUUGCAGUGCCUUGGUUGUGUUAAGGCCAAAAUACCCAUUGCUAAAAGUUACCAUUGCUCUCCCAAGUGCUUUUCAGAUGCAUGGCAGCAUCAUCGUGUUCUGCAUGAACGUGCUGCAAGCGCUGUAAAUGAAAAUGGAAACAAGGAGGAAGAAUUAUUUGGGCGGUAUAACAGCACAGGAUCUGGAGCUCUCAAUGCUAGCUUAUCCGGUUCUGCAUCAACCCCUAGCUUGACAAAUGGUUCUGCACCUCUAUAUCCUGCAGCCAUUACACAGAGGAGUGGUGGCGAAACUUGGUUUGAAGUUGGGCUUUCUAAAACCUAUACGCCAACUGCUGAUGAUAUUGGGCAUGUUCUCAAGUUUGAGUGUGUUGUAGUAGAUGCAGAAACUAAAGUACCAGUAGGACAUGCCAAUACAAUAUUAACUUCCCGUGUAAUUCCAGCACCGUCUCCUAGCCCGCGCCGCUUGAUCCCUGUCAAUGGAGCUGAUAUGAUGCAUAUAGAUUCAGAUGGUCGUAUUUCAUCCUCUGGAACUUUUACUGUGCUUUCGUACAACAUUUUGUCUGAUGCAUAUGCCACGAGUGAAUUAUACAGUUACUGCCCUUCAUGGGCACUUUCCUGGCCAUAUCGCAGACAGAAUCUUCUACGAGAAAUAGUUGGAUAUCGUGCUGAUAUUGUUUGUCUUCAGGAGGUUCAAUGCGAUCAUUUUGAGGAAUUUUUUGCACCUGAGCUUGACAAACAUGGCUAUACAGCUUUAUAUAAGAGGAAAACGAAUGAGGUAUACACUGGAAAUACACUAACUAUUGAUGGUUGUGCAACAUUUUUCCGAAGAGACAGAUUUUCACAUGUUAAAAAAUACGAGGUUGAAUUUAAUAAGGCUGCACAGUCAUUGACUGAUGCUAUGAUUCCAAGUACUCAGAAGAAAACCGCUUUAAGUCGAUUGGUUAAGGAUAAUGUUGCACUCAUUGUGGUCCUGGAAGCUAAAUUUAGUAAUCAGGGAGCUGAUAAUCCUGGGAAGCGACAGCUCCUUUGUGUGGCAAAUACUCAUGUCAAUGUACACCAAGAUCUAAAGGAUGUCAAGCUCUGGCAGGUACAUACUCUCUUAAAAGGGUUGGAGAAAAUAGCUGCCAGUGCUGAUAUUCCAAUGCUGGUGUGUGGGGACUUUAAUUCUGUUCCUGGAAGUGCUCCUCAUGCACUCCUUGCUAUGGGAAAGGUAGAUCCACUGCAUCCGGAUUUAACAGUAGAUCCUCUUAAUAUAUUGCGUCCUCACAGCAAGCUGAUACAUCAACUGCCUUUGGUUAGUGCAUAUUCAUCCUUUGCAAGAUUGGGAGUUGGACUUGGUUUAGAGCAACAGAGAAGGAGAUUGGAUCCCUCAACAAAUGAACCAUUAUUUACAAAUUGUACUAGAGAUUUUAUUGGCACCCUAGAUUACAUAUUUUACACAGCCGAUUCUCUAACAGUUGAGUCCUUAUUGGAGCUCUUGGACGAGGAAAGUUUAAGGAAAGACACAGCACUUCCAUCACCCGAGUGGUCCUCUGAUCAUAUAGCACUUUUAGCUGAAUUUCGCUGCAAGUCUAGACCUAGACGUUGAUACAUGCAGGCAAUAUUGGCAGACAUCCAAGAAAAGUUCUGGAAAAAGCCAUUGGAUUAAGUUAUUGUAAGAAUGGUUAGAUCAUCUUCAUGUUCAUGCUCAUGUACCCCCCCACUAAUGCUAUCUCAAAGCUUGUAGGCAAGGCCGGCUGGCAGACACACCGAAGAAAGAGGCUGCGAGAAGUCAUUGGAUUAAGUUAUUGUAAGAAUGGUAGAUCAUGCCCUACCCCCAUGUUAUUUCCCAGGCAGGGCAGGCUUAAGGGCAAGGUCACUUAGGUUUUUCCCUAGGGCCUCACAAAAAGAAGUUAAAUUUUUUUUGUUAAAAACAAAAUUUUUAAGGAAGGUUGUUAGAUCAUGAAUCA